AUGUCUUUGAGGCAUCUCACUAUAUCACGCUGGCUUUCCCAAGCUUCCAGUCUUGAGUCGCAUGUACUCCCGUCAAGAAUCACCAGGACAAAUGUCCACUUCGUCCAGUCACCAGCUUCCUAUAAUACAUUCCGCCGCGCCUUUACCCUUUCAGCCGAUAAAAACAGCUUUCUUUCUAGUCAAAUAAGACCCCGGUCUUGCAAUAUACGGAGCUUCUCUCGUGCCCAAGAGGCUUCGGUCUUCCGUCGACUCUUUAGUUCAUCCAGGUCAAAGAGUUCGCCGCAGUCGGAGCAAUCCAGUUCGCUCUCGCAGCGGUUAAAGGCGCUUUCACGGGAGUACGGCUGGUCGGCCUUGGGAGUGUAUUUACUCUUAUCCGCAAUGGACUUCCCGUUCUGUUUUGCCGCCGUUCGCUUCCUUGGGGCGGAGAAAGUCGGCCAUUAUGAGCAUGUAGUCAUUGAGGCGUUUAAGGGUGCAGUCGGUACUGUGCUUCCCAGUGUGCAAGAGGAGCAAUUCAAGGACGAGACAAAUUCUACGACCGAUUCUUCAAAGGAUAAUGUGGACGGGAGUACAGUGGAGAAAAAGCUAGAUGAAGGGGCGAGCCUAUGGACACAGGUUGCUCUCGCCUAUGCAAUCCACAAGAGUCUUAUAUUCAUCCGUGUGCCUCUGACUGCUGCUAUAACUCCCAAAGUUGUUAAGGUCUUACGGCAAUGGGGCUGGGAUAUUGUCAAAGGCAAACCGAAGGCAGCCACAAAAGCUCCGUAUUAG